UUUUAUUCAAUCUCUAAUGAACUAUCUCAUUAACGGCGGAAAAAAGCUCCACGUGAAAAUGACAAAAACAAGUAUCUCGAGCGUGCGUACAAGCCAGUACUGCUUUUCAACUUGAAUAGGGUUCGGGGAUAUAAUAUAAAAGUGCUUGCGAUGUAAAAGCAGAAGUCGCUGAAACUUUGCCAGUUUCAAUCCGGAUAUUUUCGUGCCGUUGUAAGGAUUCUUUCAGUGUGAUUAUUUACGGUGUGUUGUCCACAAUUAAUCGACAUGGCGGUACAAAUGCAGCCCAGUUUCAUUCUCACGGAGAAGUUCGAAAAGCUCAAGUUCACUGAUUUUGUGUCCGUCGAUUCCGUGUCCACGCCCUCUACGCCUUCCACACCCUGCAGCCCACCAGCUGAACCUUACGCCAUCGAGAUAAUAACAGCAAACGACAAAGAAGAAGUCGUCCAGUUCCUACGCACCUUUUUCAUCCGAGAUGAACCUCUGAACUACAGCAUCGGUCUCCUUGACGGCAGGCCGACUUGUGUAGAGCUCGAAGAGUACUCGCUGAAGGACCUCGACAACGGCCUAAAUCUGAAGGCAGUAUGCAACGGAAAAAUAAUUGGUGUCUGCCUCAACGGUAUCCUGGAACGCGGUUACACCGAUGAAAUAGAAGAAGUAACCUGUCCGGAUAAAAAAUUCGCCAAGAUUCUGAGGCUUCUCGAUCACGUUGCCGUGGAAUCAAAAAUCUUUACCCAUUUUCCCGACGUCAAUAAAGCGAUAACGGUGAAAAUACUCUCUGUGGACAGCUCUCUGAGAGGACGUGGGAUCGCAAAAGACCUAAUGAACAAAACGAGAGACCUUGCUCGUGAACAGGGUUGUGGUAUAAUGACUGCAGAUUGUACCAGUCACUUUACAGCAAGAGCUUUAAAAAAGCUGGGUUUCGAGUGCAUAUACUCGUUGAAUUAUGAAGAUUACCGAAUUGAUGGCGAAGUAAUCUUUACUCCUGAGAUACCUCACGCUGCCAUUACCGUCUACACUCAGAGAAUAUAAGUCGAUUUUAGUUCUUCGGGCGGAGACACUGCCUAGAGGAAUUUUGAAACCGCACAAACAAUCGUGGCAUAACAAUUAGAUGCGAACGUAAAAUAAUAUACAGAAAAGUUCUCUGGUUUUUGUAACAUCCAUAAAAUUUUUGCUUUUUGAAUCUUGGAUUCAUACUAAUAGCAGACUCUCCAUUUGAAAAAUGUUGGUUCCACUUGGAAACCCAUUUUUUCGCGGUUUUGCGAUUCUUGCUUUUGCUGUCAAUUAUGGAACAAGUUUGGUUCGAUACGAAAAUUGGGUUUUCGAGAAAGUUUUACAUAGACUAGACAAAUGACGAAAAUCAUCGAACCAUAUAUAUUUCACGUUUGCAUUUAAAACAAAGUAUUAACAAAUUUUUAAUUAGUGUAAACUGGCGGCUAAAAUUUUGAAUAUCAAAUCUGCAUAAAAACUACUAACUUAGAGUAAACUUGGUUUAACGUAAAUUCCCACGGCUUGAACUAAAAAUCUGUGGUGAUUGUGAUAUUGUUGUGAGCCAGUCAGUGAUCUUAAUUAAUCGUGAGUAUUUCGUCGGUACUAUUUACAUUAGCUGCACUGGAACAAGAAAACGGAAACGUAACACUUAAUCAACUCCACUGUACCUAUAAACAAACCAAGUUUACUCAAUUAUAUUAGAUAUAUUACUCAAACGAACUAAGUGUACCUUCUUUAAAUAGUAAUAUGUAAACGCUCCUUAGAGUUUACUCCGGUUUUGUCAAUGGGAAAAUUUUAAUUCUAAUUUGUUUCUUGAAUGUUUAGAACUACCAUUUUGUAUCUACAUACUUCUUAACAAUGACAUUCCUCUCUAAGUUCUGCGUUUUCAUUAAAUGUGCUUGAGUGUCUGCCCUGAGUGGUAAAUAAUGUUAUAUGUGUGAUAAUUAUCUGCUGUGGGUAAUUGUGUACUUUUAAUGUAUUCUUUUUGGAAUACGUAGGUUGUAUUAUUGUUCAAACGCAUCCUAAUGUUAUUUGUUCAACAGUAUUUAUAGAUUUACAACAUUUACAUGGAUUUGCUCACUAUAAUACCUAUUAUGUGGUGUAUAAAAUGUGUUUUAAAUAAAUAAAAUAUAUUCCAGUUGA